AUGCAGCAUCUUCAACCACCAAUACCUCCCCAAUUCCUUCGUCUAGCCAUAGCCAAGUUCUCCCAUACAACCACUGCUAUUGAUCAUGUCGGUCCACUGACUUGGAAUCAUAUCCCUGGAAAUGGAGAUCUGGCUUGCAUCUUUGAGAAAUUCCUUGACUCCGGGCCAGUCCCAUCAAAGAUGAUUCAGAAAGUGGUUCGAGGCGAUAGUAUCCUGGAACAGCUUGAUCUCGUCUUCUUCACUCGCAUGGCAGCAAUGCAGGCCCAGCUGAUUCCACCCUCAAGGCCACACUUUGCCGUCGUUGUGAAGUCGCCUUGUCUUGCAGUCAAGUAUCCUCAUGGUGGAACACAUAUUCGUCGGUUUCAGAUCAAGUUCAUCACAGAGCGUGACUACUUCACGGCCUUGGCCCUUCUGGGCGAAAUAAACUGCCCAUUGACAGAAGGCAAAAUACCACUUCCAGCAAUGCAACGAUUCCCUUCAGUGUCAUCAUGGACAUCAGGACAUAUCUCUUCCAUUGGUCCCAGGACUACAAAUACAGUGGUAAAUUCAACUGGUAGCAAUGGAGUCCACUUUUAUCCCACUGGGGCAUUAGGUUCUGAAAGGACAACACCCAUUCGAGCAUCAUCUCCCGCGAGCACUGUCUCACACCCUGUGUCCAGAUUUGGCCCUAUACCAGCUUUCAAUCCCUCAUCCAAAAGCACGGAACAGCUAGAUUUCUUCCAACUGCCCCAUAACUCUGCCCACUUUAAGACCUUUGACAAAGAACCUGAUCAACCAAGCUCGCAGCUUUCCACCGUAUCUGCCAUCCAUGACGUCGAGCAAUUAAAUCAGAUGCUCCCUCCCAAGAGAGACCUGCCCUUCUCAAAGCCAACCGCAAAGAAACCGCCCGCUGCAAGCAUGACUCGAACAACACAAGAACAUUCCCGUUCAGUUCCAUCGCCAAGUUGUCAACCUAUAAAGUCAACCAAGGAUCCAGAACCCCGUCCAUAUCAUCCUGUGGUCGAACCUAGUACUCAUUCUGGUGUGCCUGAUUCGGAUUCCCAAAUCUUGUCCCAAACAAAUCCUUGUCCCGAGGCAAGCCAGCCAUUAUUACUAUAUGAGGAGCCCGCUGUUUCGCAGAACACAGCUCCAAUCCGCGAAUCCACUGAUCAGGUAUCUCAAGUACCAAACUUCCUGAACACAUCGCACACACAGACUAAUCUAUCCGACUUGAACUCCAACCACAACACAUCUAGCAAGCCAAAUGAAAAAGACCCAGCCCUGACAGAAGACCAUCUGGCACAGUAUCUGUCUUCACCAACAGCUGAGCGGAUUGUCUUUCUCGAGAACUGGAUGUGCGAGUUGAUCGACGAUGACAGUUUCAUGACUCUGUGCGAGGACGUGGAUGGAACAUGGAGGCGGUUUGCAUUCGGGCAAAAGUAA